AUGGAGGUCGAUUUGAUAAUGAUACCCAUGGUCUUGGACUUGGAUGUCCAACAAGGUCACAUAGGUGGUGAUGGUCAAGUGUCCACCAAGAACACAAGGAGCAGAGCUCAGCCCGUCACUGAGAAGCAGCACAAAAUACCUAUUGGUGACUCCUUGGUAAUCGGCAAUGAUCCGGCCAUCUUUGACAGCAGGAAACCUCAAACGAGACAGACAAGCUGCCACAACUGCGGUUUGUUUGGGUCCCGUAGGUGUUCUAGAUGUCACAUGACCUACUACUGCUCCGAGGAUUGCCAGAUUCAGGAUUGGAAGUCGCACUCCGUUGUGUGUAAACCAACCAUUACGAAAGUGACUAAUGGAGAGAAACCAUUGAAUAAAGAUGGAGAUUCAAAAGCAUUUUCAAAGCCUCCUGAUACUCCAGUUCCUACACCCAGGAAUAAAGAAGAGGAUGGAGGCAGGGUCAUGCUGUGUGACUUAAAGGUGGAGACCCUCAGUGAAGGAAAAGAGUUGCAGUGCCUUGACCUGGGAGAGUGGUCCAAACCCAUUGAGGUAUUUCAGGACCUGUACCAUAGGCAGGGGAUGCAGGAUGUGGACCUCCUAGCCUCCAAGUACAACAUCAAACUGGACAAGUUUGGUUGCGUUUCAGAAUUUUCAAGCCCGAGCAAUUUCUUUGUGCAAGAGUACGAUGAAAGAUCAGUGGAAACCCUCAUGCAGCUUUCCGUCUUAUUGAGUAAAAUCUAUUCCUCACCAGAGAACUUGAGGAAGGACUAUGUACCGGAAAUCUGGGAGAUCUGUGCGGCAAAGUAUUCUCAGGAUCAGCAAUGGUACCGGGUCCUGGUGUGCAAUGUGGAGAUAAGCAUGAAGAUUGCUCACGUCCUUUACCUGGACUACGGAAACCAGGAAACUUUGCCACUCUCUGAAUUGCAGCCCAUGCGUAAAGAUCUAGGCCUGACCCCUCCUUGUGCCAUGAACUUCCGUGUGGCCCAUGCUCGUCAACCUCCCUGCGGCUGGUCUCCUGAAUGUCUUAUAGAUGUGAAGAGAUUACUUAUGGGACAGAAGCUUUCGUUCCGUGUUGUCCACGUGGAUCAGAAGGAACUGCCGCGGUAUUCAGUCGAAGUUUCUCUACCGGAGUCAGGGACGCUUCUACAUAAAGUAAUGGAGGAGAAGGGAUAUUCAUUUGUAGGCCGCACAAAAGAGGACUCUGCAGAAGAAGCUUCCACGGCAGCGAAACCCUCACAGGAACCUGUAGAGAAGCAGCAGCAGUCCUGCGUGGAUUCGGGGUCUCCAGAACCACAGGGCAAGCUUGGCUCCUUUCGUGUGGGAGAUCGGUUUGAGGCCCUCGUCACUGUCUUCCAUAACCCGGAGAUGUUCUUUUGUCAGGCGGUCCAGAAUGCAAAAGAACUCGCUGAGCUUGUAUCUGCAAUGAACAAAAGAUGCAGCACGUUGACCAUGACACCUCUUUCCUUACCGGCACCCGGCAAGGUUUGCUGUGCCCAGUUCACAGCAGACAACAAUUGGUAUAGAGCCAGCGUUGUAAAACAUAUAUCGGAUGACACUGCGCUGGUCGGAUAUUUGGAUUUUGGAAACACGGAGACGCUGGAUAUAUCAAGACUGCGCCCCAUCGACGCUGAUAUGCUGAUUAUUCCUUUCCAGGCCGCCCAGUGCCGUCUGGCCGGUGUGAAACCUCCAUCGGGAACGUGGAGCUCGGAAGUCAUUCAUAAAGUUAGCCUCCUUCUUAUGAACAAGGUCUUCACUGCCGUGGUGGUUUCAGAGUCUGCUGGCACUCUUACGUUGGAUUUGAUUGCCAAAUCGGCUACACAGCCAGUGGUGGUGUCGCAGCAUCUUAUCGCUGCUGGCUUAGCAGAGGCCGAUCAUUCCGCCGACGUCUCCACUACAAGUGUGCCGAAGGAAGAAGAGCUGCCCAGAGAGCCUCCGGCACAGCUUCCACUUGGCCAGGAAAAAGAGGUGAUGGUGUGCAUGCUGCAGUCUCCGGAAGACUUCUUCUGCCACAUUUAUAAUCCUACAGAUUUAAGUUCUCUGAAUAAUAUAAAUGUAUCGCUGGGGAAGUACUGCGCGCAGCAUGUGUCCGAGGGCUACACCCCCAUUAAAGGAGACGUCUGUGGGGCUUUCUUCUCAGGUGAUGGCAAUUGGUAUCGCGGGCAGGUGAAGGAUUGCACCUCUGGUGGUGCAGCUACGGUACACUUUUUGGAUUAUGGAAACACAGAAGAAGUACCGGUGGACAAACUCUGCAAAAUCCCCUCCACUUUUCUGGAACUUCCUUUCCAAGCCAUUAAAUGCAGUUUGGCAGGUGUGAAGCCUCUCGGAGAUAAAUGGGACCCGACAGCCGCCGAAAAAUUUCACAGCUGCGUCGCUGGAAUAAAGCUGCGUGCGAAAGCCGUUUCCAGAAAGUUAAAUGGCUACUUAGUCCAGUUGGCGGCGAGCGAGAGCGGUGAAGCCAUCGCCGAUGUUCUCCUUGCCGAGAAAGUUGCCGUUCCCGAUGAUGAUUUUAAAAGUGAUGUCUCUGCUAUGGGGCCCGGCCCGGGCCUGGCAGCGCGCAAGGCGUACGAAGGCGGCAGCCCAGCCCGUUCUCACGUGGAACACAAACUGACAAAGGAGACGAUCGCAUCUCCUCUUUACAGUUCUCCCGCGAAGGAACCGACAUGCUCAUCUCAUGAAGAGUCGUAUUCUCAUUCUGUCCAGCCCAUUAACUCUACUCUGCCCGCACUUCAAGAAAUCGAGGCUGCAACAAAUACUCCUAACGAAUCCUUUUCCCAUCUCACCCCAAUAUCUACUGCUAGAGCGAACCAUUCUGGUAAUGCUGCAUUAUGUCUUCACAGACCGGUAGAUACGGGUUACUCUACACCGUCCUUCCAAAAAGACUUUACCUCUUCCACUAAAGACGUGAGUUCUGCAAGUCCCGCAGUGCCUGCUCACAGAGAGUCGGCUUCUGGUAACAUUGAAGCAUCCCGAUGUAGAGGGUUAGGCUCUGCUGCGUCUCCUUUACCAUCGCCGAGUAGGCUGACGUUCCCCCGUGCUGCUUGUCCUCGUCUGGAGAACGGGCCCGUCUCUACUAAGGACUCGCCUCCUUCACCGGAUAAGUUGAAGUCUACACUGGUUGGCUAUUCUCGGUUCACUUCUGCAUGUUAUCCUCCUCGUGCCGGACCGCCAUGUAACGGAUCUAACCGACCAGCCCAAAGGGAACUGCCUACCGCCGACUCAACCCGGAGAGAUUUACAACCAUCUGAAUGUCCAGCUGCCAGCCAACCAGCACCCUCUGUAUGUGAGGAUCUGCCAACUCCUGCUACUUCAAAGCAGCCGUCUUCAGUCGUCCUGGAGGCCAGAGGCGUCAGUAUGGCGCAGAGCUGGACGUCUGUCGAUUUGCCUCCAAAUGAGCCGCUUGCAGCAUGUGUGCUAAGAGUGAGAAGUCCGGACUUGAUGUACGUUUUCCCAAAAGACAACAGAGUGGAUGUGGAGGCGCUACAGCAAGUGAUGGUGGAUAUAUUUAGUCAUUGUAAUGCGGAGGCGGAGCAGCCUGAUUAUAGACCGUCUGUCGGUGACGCUUGCUGUGCCAAAUUUACAGGAGACGGGCAGUGGUACAGAGCUGUCGUCCUUGAGGUGUCGGAAUCUGCGGUGGAAAUAGGAUAUGCGGAUUACGGAAACCUGGAGACUCUCCCGUUCUCCGGCCUUCGCCCCGUCAAGGAAAGCUUCCUGCGCACCCCCAUGCAGAUCACACGGUGCCGCCUGUACGAUGUGGCCCCUGCUACCCAUCAGUGGUCUCCUGAGGGGACACAAUCCUUGAGCAAUCUACUGCUGGGAGCUGAUGUUGCCCUCACAGCUCGGUCAUUGGAAGAUGGAAUAUACGCAAUAUCUAUAGAGAAGAAGCACGGAGAGGCCGUCAUAGACGUGGGAGAGAAGCUGGUGAUGGACGGCCUGGCAAAGCGUCCCGACGCCGUUCCUUCAACCGAUGUCUGUAAAGAGAAAGAAGGCUGCUGCUGCCAGGAGCUCAGGAAGAGGGUUGAGAAACUGGAGCUGCUGCUUGAAAAGAUGGUGCGCUAG